CACAGGGUAGACUUCUCAUGUCCUGGGAGACAAACAUUCUUGGCUCAGCCAUGAAUAACUGUGUGCUCCUGGAGGAACUGCUGAUCAAAAAAUCCCAGCAGAAGAGAAGGACUUCACCCUCCAACUUCAAAGUGCGCUUCUUUGUCUUAACCAAAUCCAAGCUGGCUUACUACGAACAGCGCCACGGGAAAAAAAGGACUUUGAAGGGUUCUGUGGAACUUUCCAGGAUUAAAUGUGUGGAAAUUGUGAAAAGUGACAUCAUCAUUCCCUGUCAGUAUAAAUACCCUUUCCAGAUCGUCCACGAUAGCUACAUACUCUAUGUGUUUGCACCCAACCGUGAGAGCCGGCAGAGAUGGGUCUUCACGCUGAAGGAAGAAACUAGAAACAACAACAGCUUGGUUUCAAAGUGUCACACAGAUUUUUGGUUAGAUGGCAAGUGGAGAUGCUGUGCUCAGACAGAGAAGAUGGCACUUGGCUGUGUGGAGUAUGAUCCCUCCAAAAAUGCCUCAAAGAAGCCUCUUCCUCCCACUCCUGAAGAUAACUGGGUGAGUGCAGAAUUGCUUCUAUACCCCAAAGAAGCCUUGGUCAUAGCCAUAUAUGACUAUGAAGCCCAGAAUCCACAGGAGCUGACUUUACAGUAUAACGAGGAAUAUUAUGUGAUUGACAGCUCUGAAGAACAUUGGUGGCUGAUUCAAGAUAAGAAUGGGCACGAAGGCUACGUGCCAAGCAGCUACCUGGUGGAAAAAUCACCCGAGAAUCUGCAAAUGUAUGAGUGGUACAACAAGAACAUCAGCAGAAGCAAAGCAGAAGCUCUCCUCAGGGAUGAGGGUAGGGAAGGCGCCUUCAUGGUGAGGGAUUCGAGGCAGCCUGGCAUGUACACGGUCUCUGUUUUCACCAAAGCAUUAAGCACAGACAACAAUCCUGUUAUAAAGCAUUAUCACAUCAAUGAGACAACUGACUUUCCCAAGCGAUAUUACUUGGCAGAAAAGCACGUGUUUGACUGCAUCCCUGACCUCAUCAACUACCACCAGCACAAUGCAGGAGGUCUCGUCACUCGGCUCAGGUAUGCAGUGUCUUCGUGGAGAAAGAAGGCCCCGAUCACUGCAGGGCUGAGCUAUGGAAAAUUGGUCAUUAAUGCCUCUGAGCUCACCCGUGUGCAGGAGAUUGGCAGUGGUCAGUUUGGGGUGGUCUACCUUGGCUACUUGCUGGACAAGACGAAAGUAGCCAUAAAGACCAUCCGUGAGGGAGCAAUGUCUGAAGAGGAUUUCAUUGAGGAAGCUAAAGUCUUGAUGAAGCUGUCUCACCCCAAGCUAGUCCAGCUUUAUGGUGUGUGCUUUGAGAACACUCCCAUAUGCCUGGUGUUUGAGUUCAUGGAGAAUGGCUGCUUGUCCGACUACCUCAGGAGCCAGCGAGGCACUUUUUCAAAGGAAACCCUGCUGGGGAUGUGCCAAGAUGUGUGUGAAGGAAUGACUUAUCUGGAACAAAACUCUGUCAUCCACAGAGACCUGGCUGCCAGGAACUGCCUGGUGGGGGAAUCCCAGGUGGUCAAAGUGUCCGACUUCGGGAUGUCAAGGAUUGUCCUUGAUGAUCAGUAUACCAGCUCCACGGGUACCAAGUUUCCAGUCAAGUGGUCUGCUCCAGAGGUUUUCUCCUACAGCAACUAUAGCACCAAAUCUGACGUUUGGUCAUUCGGAGUGCUGAUGUGGGAGGUCUUCAGUGAAGGUAAAAUCCCCUAUGAGAAUCGCACCAAUGCAGAAGUGGUGGAAGAAAUCAAUGCAGGAUUUCGGCUCUACAAACCCAAGCUGGCCUCCAAGGCAAUUUAUGAUGUCAUGAGCCACUGCUGGAGGAUGAGGAAAGACGAGCGGCCACCCUUUUCUCUUCUGCUGUUCCAGCUGAGUGAAAUCUCUGAGUAUGAUCUCUAAUCAUGGCACUGUUCACUCAGCACAGCUGAGAGUCCUGAGAGAAGACUGGAUUUUCCCCAUACAAAGCAUUAACAGGAAUCCUCUCACCAUAAACACUUGCCAUAUGCCUGGGGAGAAGAGAGGGCAGAGGCUGGUACUUCCAGACAGACAAGAUAUCCCUGGGUCUUCCAGAGCCUAGACAGACACAGGCUUUGGUUUGGCCAAGAAUGUGGUUUGCAUCUUAAAAGCAGA